UCUAUUUGUAACCAGUCAUGAGAGUCAUGAUGCUUGUGCUUGUUAGCUAGCGAAAAACAUAAAAGCGUAUUUUGCUGUGCUGGCAGCAUUACCGUGGAAAAUCUUCCGAGCCAUCCCGGUUAAGACAGCGGUAGCUAGCCAGAUAAAACAAUUUAGCUAGCCUUGAUAACUAUAAACAGUAUUGCACAUCACUUCACCCGACACUUGGCUACAGUAGCUAGCUAGCUCUAAUCCUCCCGGCCCCUGGAUAAUCCUGACGUGUCAAGAUGCGUUUCUCCAACCUCGCAAGAAGGCUUUUCAUUACAGUUCUGCACGUCAAGUGAAGAGGAGCCAUCGAUAUACAAAGCUUGAUACAAAUACAAAAAUAUUCACAUCAACUGCAGAGACCGAAACUCAUUAAAGUAUAAAAGAUGGAGAUUAACCUAAAUCGUGUGGACUAUUUGCAGGUCGGAGUGACAUCUCAGAAAACUAUGAGACUUCUUCCGCCCAUGGGACGCAAGGCCACACAAAAGGUAGCGAUAGCAGAUCAUGAUGGUGUAAUCAGUUGUUUCGGGAUGAAGAAAGGUGAAGCUGUGCCUGUAUUCAAAACUCUGCCUGGGCAGAAGAUAUCCAGACUGGACCUGGGUGGGGCUCCUGGUACACCCCAAGAGAAGAUCUUUGUGUCUGCUGGCUCUGAAGUCAGAGGAUUUACAAAGAAAGGCAAACAGUUCCUGACUUUUGAGGCUAAUUUGACUGAAAGCAUCAACGCCAUGCAGGUGUCUGGAGCAGAUCUCUUUGUGUGUGCCAGUUACAUCUACAAUCACUACUGCGACUGCAAGGACCAAGACUACUACCUGUCUGGGGACAAAAUCAAUGACAUCAUCUGUCUACCUUCCGAGACGCUGGGUCGUAUCGUACCUGUGUUGGCUUGUCAAGACAGAGUCCUCCGAGUCUUACAGGGAUCUGAGCUUUUGUACGAUGUUGAAGUCCCUGGGCCUCCGUCUGUCUUGGAGUUGUACAGCAAAGAGGAAGGAAAUAUGGAGGACAUUCUUUAUGGUACUGUGGACGGCAAACUGGGACUGGUGAAGAUGACUCAUUCCUGCGCUAUUUCGAAAUGGGAGAUUGACAAUGAAAAAAAGAAAGGAGGCGUGCUGUGCUUGGACUCAUUCGACAUCCUGGGAGACGGCGUGAGAGACGUCCUUGUGGGGAGGGAUGAUGGGACUGUGGAGGUCUACGGCUUCGACACCUCCAACGAGCCCUCCCUGCGCUUCCAGCACGUUCUGUCAGAGAGUGUGACAUCUGUCCAGGGAGGCUGUGUAGGAAAGGAGUCGUACGACGAGGUCCUUACUGCCACUUACACUGGCUGGGUGACAGGACUGACUACAGAGCCUCAGCAAGCAGGAGUAGGACCUGGAGAGGAGGUGAAGAUGAGCAAAGAAACCCAGUCUAAAGUGGCUGCUCUCAGGGCGGAGCUAGAGCAGCUACAGGUGCAGGUCCUCCAGGGCAGAGAGCAGUACCAGCAGACCUCCCAGUCCAGCACGGCCGUCUCCGCCGUGCCGGUCUUCAGCGUCAACGACAAGUUCGCGCUCUGCCAGGACGACGCCAGCUACAGCUUGACCCUGGAGAUGCAGACUGCCAUCGACAACCUGCUGCUGCAGAGUGACGUUCCCAUUGACCUGUUGGAUGUGGACAAAAACUCAGCAGUUGUGAGUUUUAGUGAAUGUGACUCAGAGCAACCAAAUGGUAAUUUCCUCCUGGCUACUUACAGAUGUCAAGCUAAUACUACCAGACUGGAGCUGAAGGUGAGGUCCAUUGAAGGCCAGUAUGGGACUCUCCAAACCUACAUCACUCCCAGGUUACAGCCCAAGUCCUGCCAGGUCCGCCAGUAUCAGAUCAAACCUCUGUCUCUGCACCAGAGAACCCACUCCAUGGACCAGGACAGACCUAUGAACACCCUCACGCUGGCUGGUCAGUUUAGCUUUGCAGAGAUCCACUCCUGGGUGGUCUUCUGUUUGCCUGAGGUCCCAGAGAAAACUCCAGCAGGAGAGAACAUAACCUUCUUCUUUCAGAACACUUUCCUCGGCACGCAACUGGAAGCUACGUACAGUAAAGGAGAAGGUCAUUUCAAGUCCGAUAACAUAUCCACCAUCUCCAUAAUGAAGGAUGUCCUAUCCAAGGAAGCCACUAAAAGAAAAAUAAACCUGAACAUUUCCUACGAUGUAAAUGAAGAGUCGGUGAACCAUACACUCAGGAUGAUUCAUCCUAAACUUGAGUAUCAGCUCCUGCUAGCUAAAAAGGUCCAGCUUAUUGAUGCGUUAAAAGAGCUUCAGGUGCAUGAGGGGAAUGCUGACUUUCUGAUCCCUGAGUAUCGCAAUAUUCUUGAUGAGUCAGCUCACUUGUUGGAGGAAUACAAGAAGCAACCAGCUCAUCUGGAAAGACUCUAUGGUAUGAUCACCGAUCUCUUCAUUGACAAAUUCAAAUUCAAGGGACAGAAUGUGAAGACCAAAGUUUCAUUGUUGCUUGAGAUUUUAGAUAACUAUGAUCUCAAUUCAUUGAUGGAUUUCUUCAAUGAGGUAUAGUGUCAUUGAGCAAAGCAUGUUUGCACCGUUUUGUAAUAGCUUUUUCCAUUUGUGUGUUUUGUAAAUAGAACUUAGCAGCUUUUGUCAGUUUGUAUCUGACUUGAUGUAUAGAAUGAUAAUGUUACAAAGAUUUCAGAUAUUUAUUACGAAUUUUGUAGUCUUAUGGCAUUAUGUUUUGAUAAUUGUUCUCUUAUCUAUUUAGAUGUGAUCUAUUUGUAUUUGUGUAGAACAUUUCAAUAAACAAGAUGGUAGGUG